GUCAGCGACAAUGACAGGCACCCUCGCAGGGCAGCCCUGCCAGCCUGGUCUCCGCUUCCACUCCAUUCUCCGACGGGUGGAGGUGCAGAAUGACCACGGCCCGCAGGAAGGGUCCAGCCGCACCUCCCGCCUGCUGUGAGCACGGUCCUGAGGCCGGCCGAGGAGCCCUCUGAGGGAGAGGAGAGGGGGCUGCCCAGAAGUGACACCCGUGGGGGUGGCCAGCCACGGCACAGGUGCCCAGGGAGGGAGCAGCAGGUGCGGGGCAGCACAGCGGCCAUGCCCACGAGCGAGCGAGGGUGCUCCUCCGCACGCAGACAUCGACCUCAUCUGUUUGCUCAACUUUCUGCAAAACAAACCCAACUGUUGCAAGGGCUACUUGUGACGAGCUCUGGUUUUACAAAUGUCUGGCUCGCUGCAAAGAGCAGCGCCUUUCUUUCUGAAGAUGGAUUUAUUGUUUAAAACGGAUUUCUGUGGGCCUUGGGGCAAAUCCUGAAAGCGGCGCGGGGUGGAGACAUGGGAGUGACUCCUCCGGCGCCCGUCUUUGGCAUGGAGACGUACCCCGGCGCCUACAACAGCGCCUCCCCAGAGCUCAACCUGUCCCGCGUGCUGGCCGGCGCGGCCCGGGCGGACCAGACGGGCGCGCUCUCGGAGCAGCAGCAGUACGUGAUCGGGCUGUUCCUGUCCUGCCUCUACACCGUCUUCCUCUUCCCCAUCGGCUUCGUGGGGAACAUCCUGAUCCUGGUGGUGAACAUCAGCUUCCGCGAAAAGAUGACCAUCCCCGACCUGUACUUCAUCAACCUGGCGGCGGCGGACCUCAUCCUGGUGGCGGACUCGCUGAUCGAGGUGUUCAACCUGGACGAGCAGUACUACGACAUCACCGCGCUGUGCACCUUCAUGUCGCUCUUCCUGCAGAUCAACAUGUACAGCAGCAUCUUCUUCCUCACGUGGAUGAGCUUCGACCGCUACAUUGCCCUGGCCAGGGCCAUGCGCUGCGGCCUCUUCCGCACGAAGCAGCACGCCCGGCUGAGCUGCGGCCUCAUCUGGAUGGCCUCCGUCUCCGCCACCCUGGUGCCCUUCACCGCCGUGCACCUGCAGCACACCGAGGAGGUCUGCUUCUGCUUCGCAGACGUCAAGGAGAUCCAGUGGCUCGAGGUCACCUUGGGGUUCAUCAUCCCCUUCGCCAUCAUCGGGCUCUGCUACUCGCUCAUCGUCCGGGUUCUCGUCAAGGCUCACCGGCACCGCGGCCUGCGUCCCCGCAGGCAGAAAGCCCUCCGGAUGAUCUUCGCCGUGGUCCUCGUCUUCUUCAUCUGCUGGCUGCCGGAGAACAUCUUCAUCAGCGUCCACCUGCUGCAGCACACGCAGCCGGGGGCCGCUCCCUGCACACAGUCUUUCCGCCACGCCUACCCGUUAACGGGCCACAUCGUCAACCUCGCGGCCUUCUCCAACAGCUGCCUGAACCCCCUCAUCUACAGCUUUCUCGGGGAGACCUUUAGGGACAAACUGAGGCUGUACAUUGAGCAGAAAACCAACAUGUCGACUCUGAACCGCUUCUGCCACGCGGCCCUCAAAGCGGUCAUCCCCGAGAGCACGGAGCAGUCGGAGGUGAAGUUCAGCAGUGCGGCGUAGAGACAACUGAGCUGCACCCAGAGACAGCAGAACGUGGUGUCACUCACAGGACGGCCCCGGGGCGAGGUGGGAGACAGCCCAGCCACCUCACGCCCAGAGGUGCAUGAGAACAGGCCGUGAACUCACCAGGCCUCAGCCACGGUCACACGUGGGGCUCUGAGAGACAAGCCCCCUUGAUCCUGCAUGGUCACACACGGAGCUGGACAUCCAUCCACAUCACAGCAUGGGUCAGGGACCAACGGGAGAGGGCAUGGGACCAGUGUGGCGCUCUCGCCCCUCCCUGCGCACACCGCAUCCACAGCCGCGGACGGUGCUGGCGUUGGCCAAUGAACGCAAAGAGGAGGGGGCGCUCGGGAUGAAAUACCUAUAUAUCGGCCAUAAAUCUGCCACCUUGGGGAAAAAUGAAGUGUGGAGUCAGAAUACGCUCAUCUGACCCACACGGGAUACUGUGGUGCGUGCUCCACGUCUGUGGCUGAUACUUUACUGGUGCAGGUCAAAUGGCGCACCAGGAGGUAAAGAGGAAGAGGAGAAGCUUCUCCUGUGCACCCGAGCAUCUUCACCUCUCAGGCUGGCCACCUGGCCGCCACCUGGUGAGUGACAGCCUCGCACUGGGGCUGCCUUGGUCACGAGGGCUCUUCUGCAAUAGAAGGCCCGCCCGCCACUAUCCUGGAUCCCCACCUCAUGGUGACAGUUGUCUCUGCACCCACCUUACCGUGGGACGAGCCUGUGAGAGGGAGCUCAGCGGGAUGCCACGAUGAGACACUGAGACAUGCGUGGUCAAGAGUUGGCCUCUACAAAAUGAUAGCGGGAACGACGAUGACGGCAAUGCAACCAGUUCUCAGCAGAAUGUGAAAACAGAAAAACUAACGAGGGCUAGGAGUGUCCCGUUGUGUCAAUAAAAUAUAGUCACGUGCUGAUUCCUCUAAAGUAUCUAAGUAGC